AUGGCAGCCAGGAGUGAGAUGCAGUUUGAAAAGUUAAUUGAUGAAGCUACAAGAAAAAAAAAUUUCCAAUUAUUAGAAGAAUUUCUGGCAACAGAAGACUGUGAAAACGUCUCUCACAAAUGCAGCAACCAGUUUGUCAACAAAUUAGACAAACUUCUGUGUCGGGAACUUGACAAACAAGAAGUCAAAAGCAUUUCCACUUUGCUAAAUUCUAUUCAGAAAUGUGGGGAAAAAGUCAGCAUAGCAGGAGAAGAUGGGCUCCCAGCAAUGAUAAAACACGGUCUUAUUGGAAGGAUGGUUAAUUGGUUUGAAAAGGUAAAAGGAAUUUUGAUCCGCGGAGGAAAUGGAAAGAAUGAAAUGCUUAUAAGUCUGGCUGAAGAUUUCUUCAACGUGUUGCUGGCGAUAUGUGACAGCAGACCUGAAGGUAAAAUGCAAAUACUAGAAAACUUUGUUCUGAGAACGUGUACCCUCAUCACUGAUGUAAGAAUUAGUAUUUAUGUUCAGCAUGAGGUAGUUAGAAAACUUAAUUUGAUGCUUGACAACACGCCUCGAGAUGCCAGGAGGAAGAUAUUUUCUACAAAGGAAAUGUUGCAUGUCAUGAGUGACAUGGGGAGGAGAAUUUUGGAUGCUGGAGACUAUGACCUGCAAGUAGCCAUUACAGAAGCUUUAUGCAGAAUGAUAUCAGAGAAACAAAGAGGAGAACUGGCGUGCCAGUGGUUUUCCAUGGAGUUUGUGUCCAAUGCAUUUAAAGGAAUUAAAGAUUCUGAGUUUGAAACAGAUUGCAGAAGAUUUCUUAACCAAGUGAACGGCAUGCUUGGAGACAAAAGAAGAGUUUUCACGUAUCCGUGUCUAUCAGCAGCUCUUGAUAAAUACGAGCUACAGAUACCAUUGGAUGAAAACCUUGAAGAAUUUUGGAUUGAUUUCAACGUUGGCAGCAGAAGCAUAUCUUUCUAUGUGGCAGCAGAUGAUGCAGAUCAUCAGUGGGAAACAGUCAUUAUACCAGAAGAAGAGGUAGACCUGUACAGCCUUGAAGAAAAAGAUUCAAAGAAAUUAUUAACAAUAGAUCUAAAAAGUCCAAUGAAUGUGGGUAAUCAAGAAGGAGAGAAAAUUUUUUUAUAUUUCGAUUCUAUCUUGGAAAUCAAAGAUGUAACCAGAAAGAUUUAUGGAUUUAGUAAAUGUAAGGUUACGGUACCAGAAAGUCAGGUGUCACCAUGUUUGGAAGAAAAAUGUGAAGAAGAGGGGAAACUCAGUAAGUACAAAACCCAGCAACUUCCUGGAUCUUUGAGGACUCUGAAUAAAAAUAACGAUCAAGAAAAAGGCAGAAGCGAUUCCUCCACGAUAACUACCUCUUGUAAAAGGAAAGUGUCUGAAGCAUCCGUGCUUAUUCCUGGAACGACAAGAUUUUCCACAAGGAGUCCACUGCUAUUUGUUAGCACAUCCACUCCUUGUAAAGGACGAUUUAAAUUACCUUUGGAAAUGACAAGCUCUGCUGAAAGGUCUAACAACAAUGCAGUAAAUCAGAGCAGAACAAAGAAUUUCUAUCAAGAACCUACUGGAAGUGGGCAAAGAUGUACACUAGACAAUGAAUUUUGUGAAACAGAACAGAAGAUCAGGAAGUCAAGUAUCAAAAAUGAGGCAAAACUACCUGAAAAGUUACUGGAAUCACAAAUGUGUGCUGAAGAAGUUUUAGAAACACUACAAGACGCAGAAAUUGAGCCCAUGCAAAAGCAAACUUUAGAUGAAGCGUUAGAUAUUGUUCCUGAUUCUCAGCCAGUAGGGAGAAGCAACAAACCUUUGCUGUCUGGUCUUUUGGAGAGUUCUUUUGAUAAAACCAGAACGUGGAAAAAAAGAGCAUGCUCUGUUCCUGAGAAGAAUAUAACAACUGGUGACAAGCAAAAGCUAAAUCCAUCAUUGAAAUUAAACAAGAGGAAAAAAAAAACCCAAGAAAAUUAAAUUGAUACAAUGAGGGAAGAAAAUUGCAAAAUACGUAGUGGACAGUCAGAGUCUAGAGUGUCUGAAACAUCUUUCCAUUCUGAUUUUACAAAAGAGGAACCUGAUGUUCUCUUUAGAAAAGAGGCUGCAAAUCCAAAACAAUCAAAGAUGAAAACAAAAUCUAAAGAAAUGACAGAUGCAACAAAAUCACUAAUUAGUCAAAUCAGUGACAGAUACAAAGUAAAGACUGAUGAGAAAAGCAAAGCAAGAGACUCCUUGGGUUUUAACAGGGAUGAUGUCUACAACUUUAACAUCAGUGGGUUUGAUGAGCCUACGAUAAAGCUUGGAACUAGAAACAAUCAAAACAAGAAACAUCUCUUUAGUGACACAGACACAGAAUACAGAGGUGAUGACAGCAAGACAGAAGUUAGUUGGCUACAAGAAUCAAAUAGAAAAUCCAAAGCCCGGUUAAUUGAUUACAGUAGAAAUAAAAGCCUAGGGAAACAAACAGGCACAGGCAAAAAUAAAUUCUCUGAACCUGCUUGCCACAUGGAUAAACCUAAAGGCAAAAAUGCAAGUAAGAAAAAGGUAAACAAAUGUGCAAAACAGAAUUCAAGAACUGAUGAAACAAUAGAACAACCCACCAGGCAAAAACGCCCUCGAAGAGCAGCAUUUGCAAAAAAUUACAAAGAGCCUUCCAGUUCAGAGUCAGAGAGUGAAAAGAAGUUUUCAGCACGCACCCCUAAGGAGAAGUCAAAAAACCAGAAACAUAUGAAUGGGGAAAACAAGAAUGAAAAUCAGCAAAAGGAACUCCAGAAUAUUGUGUCUGUGGAACCAAAGAGUGUAGCUACCUAUGCACAUAAAGCUUUUAUUAAAUCAAAGAAUUCUACAGAACAAAAGGAAAUUGAAAUGCCUUCGUCUGAGAGUCCUGCAUCUCUUGAGACAAUGAGAUGUGCUGAAAGAGUAUCAGAAGGAGAUGUUACUCAAGAGCAUACUGAUAUUGAAAGAUCACCUGAUGUUCAGGAGUCAACAGUAGAAAAAAGGGAAAUGUUUAACUUUGAGAAAGGAAUCUCUCCCAAUAAUUUCUGUCCACAAAAAAAGAAUAUUCAAAAUACAUAUCUAAAUCAGUCUCCUGAGAUGGUUGCGAAAAAGUUAUCAUUUGGAAAUAAAAGCUUCUCACCAGUUUUAACUGAAGCAUCUUUGUCAGACACACUUUCUAUUAAAGGAAAACUGCAAGAUGUCACUAAACCUGCCAACAAAAGUAAAGAAGAGGGUUGUGCACCGCCAUCUCCAUCGUCUGCUUCCAGUGAAAGUAAAGUACAGUCUUGGAGUGAAGAACCUUAUGGCCCCAUUCAUGAGUCAGGGCCAACUAUACAGACAUUUCUCAAACGAAGGUACCGCAGCGAUACAGAAAGCAAUUCUGAUGAGGCAGAAACAAGCAAAAAGAAGGAAAAGGAAAGAAACAGAGGAACAAAAUUACAGCCUAGAAAAUUAUUUAAAACAGAUGAUGCUGUUACUUACAGAGUGUCUGAAAGCGUAUCUACUACAUCUGUAAAUGAGCUCUCUGUUUUGGAUGGGGAAAUCUGGGAACCUGGUUGUUCGACUAUCAGUAUAUGUCAGAAGCUCCAGAAAGAAUUUACUAAGAAAAUUGAGAGCCGCUCACAGAAAAUGGAUCAUUUUAAUAAGCAAUCAUUAAGAGCUGCCCAUCAGCAUUUGACAACAAUGAGUUACCAGCUUCAUGAAUGCAGGAUCAGGCAGCUGGACAAAUUUCAUUUUGCCCUCCUUGAGGAACUUGAGAAUUUUGAAAAAGAUUCUCAGUCCCUGAAAAACAUGGAAAAAGAAUUCUCGGCCUUUUGGAAAAAACAUACACAUACUUUCAGUACAUACAUGAAAAACGAGAAACAGAGAGUUCAGAUUCUUAAAACUUCAUUUGAAAAGAACAUCUACCAUACUGUCGACUAUGAAGAACAUAUUUUUACUUCAGAGAUGCAUCUGAUGAAAGAAGACCUAAAAGGACUCCAAGAGAAACUUCUCAAAGAAAUGCAAGAAGAGGAACUGUGUAACGUGCGCAGAGGAUUGCAGACAUUGUUUCAAUCAGAAGAUGGAAUUCUGAA